CAUAUCUGAGCUCCAACCCAACAAGUCCUUCCACAACCAGCUUUUUAGCUUUCACUUGCUUCUUAAAUCUUUCUCACAGAUAAAGUUAUACAAAAGAAACAUGGCCUUUCGCCAAAUGCUUAGACGGUCUUUAUCAUCUGAAAGGAGAACAACCUCCACAAGCGCUGACAUCCCCAAGGGGCAUUUUGCUGUCUAUGUUGGGGAGAAUGAGAUGAAACGCUUUGUCAUUCCACUGUCGUACUUGAACAACCCUUCAUUUCAAGAAUUGUUGCAUCAUGCUGAGGAAGAAUUUGGGUUCCAUCAUCCAAUGGGCGGCAUCACCAUUCCUUGCAGUGAGGAGUUGUUCAUGGAUAUCACCUCCCGAAUGUGCAGGACAUGAUACAUAUUAGGCCUUAGAGAUAUACAAUUUAUUUAGGUUACAAGCUAGGCACCUGAGCAAGCAUUUUUUUUUUCUUUUCCUCUCUCCAUUGUUUAACAGAGGAGAGUUGGUUUUGUACAAUAUGCUUCCUGGACAUGUUUAAUAUACUGUUUCCAGGAAAAUGCUUUGUAUAUGCUGAGACAACUUUUACUUAGUUGAAUAUCAAUUAGAACAUACAUUUGUCA